UAUCAUCUAAUGAACAUUCGUGACCGGGUAUAGUAUAUGGCAUGAGUCAAAAUCCUCAUACUGGUAACUGCACAGUGACAAUAAUUUUACUGUCGACAUGAGCUGAUGAUCGAGGUCUGUAAAAUGCACUCAUUAUUUCUGUCGUAAAUUGAGUCGGAAACGAGCAGCUGAAAGCCUAUAUAUUACACCGCUCAAAUUGUUUUAUUGCACUGGUAAUACUGGAGGUAAUAAAUAGUCGCACGUACGUAAUGGAAGCUCCUGCAUGCUGUUCAAUUUGAUCGAUUGCGUUUUGUUUGAAACUGCAAUGGAAUAAUUAUCAUUACACUGAUCGCUAUAAUUGGUGCGGUGAAGUACUGAAGCGCGCGGCAAUGAAUUCGAUAUGACUUAGUAUCACGACCAGUAAAACAACUUGACAAAGAACUAGGUUGACGUAGGCCGUAGGUUUUUUUGCAUAGGAGAUGUGUAAUAUGCUGCCAUGAUCGCACACACAUGAGCUGUCUGUGACAAUGGGCGACAUGGAAAACACCACACUCGGUACAACUGUCAUUACUCCGCUCAACGUGACAGAGGGACAAAGCCAAGGCGGUGACGGAUAUGGAGACGACGGGCUUUUCAAGACCCUCCUCCCCUACCAGACGGUUCUCGCCUACCUACUCAUCUUCGUGGCGGGCUUGGGGCUCGUGCUCAACGGCAUGGUGCUGUACAUUGUCAUCCGGCACCGGGACAUGCACCGAGUCACCAACUUCUUCUUCGCCAACUUGGCGCUGACGGACUUGUUGCUGUUGAUGCUGCAUGCCUCCACAUCCUCGGCAGAGAUGCUCGGGUACUACCUAGCGGUCAAGCUGGGUUGCUCAACGGUCCAGUACACGAGAUAUGUUGUGGCCCAAGUGACGUGUCUGACCCUGGCCCUAAUGUCAUUUGACCGGUAUCGGGUGGUAGCUCAUCCUCUGAGCGCAUUGGACAAGAAGAGGCGAAUGAGAUUGAUGCUGGUAUCCAUUCUGGCCAUAUGGAUUAUCUCAUUUGCUCUCCAUUUACCAGUGGCUAUCUUCUCCGUCAAUUCCUUCGGUGUAACCUGCUCCAUCAUCUUCCCCUGGAAGUACGGCCCAAAAGUGUUCUUCACCUACACCGUGGUUGUCCUGUAUGUCCUUCCCCUCGCUGUCGCCACGAUGUGCUACAUUCUGAUUUGGCUGCACCUCAGAAAGCAGCCGAGUCUCACAGCUUCCGUCGGGGGCUCGGAGCGCGAUUUACGGCGGCGUCGCAUGCAGUCCACGCUCCGUAUCAUCGUUCUCGUGGUGGUCAUGUUCGCCUUGGGCUGGUUCGGCGAGCACCUCUUCAUCCUGCUGAUCGUCUGGGAUCCACAGAUCAACUUCUGGUCAGAUAGUUACCGGAUCGGCGCGGCCACCGCUAAGCUUAUGAUAUACCUGAACAGCAUGCUCAAUCCGUUUGUGUACCCGUUUGCGGGGACCGGCUUCAAGAGGCACCUUCCGUCGAGCGUGUGUUGUCGCAAAGGCCGACCGGACCACACGGGCACAUCGUCGGGGCCUAGUUACGACCAAAGCCGCGUCACUUCACUUGCUGACACACACAAGCAAAAACAAGUCGUCGGGAUCGACAACCAUCGGCCGUGCCCUCAAGCUCAAAAUGUGGAAGUGUUGGUCAACAGCCAAGACCAAAAUACCUGGCUGUAAAAUAUUUCAGCAGGAAUACAACUUACAAGGAAAUUGAACAUUAUUCGAUCAAAUUGUAUUCAAACUUUUAAUCAUAUUCUUCUAAUUAAAGAUAUCAUUCACAGUGAUAUUAAAAAAGCAUUUAUAAUUAAAAGAAACAUGUAUAAAUUAAAGUCAAGGGAGUAGGUAAUACUUUUUUAUCUUCAUCUUUGUUUUACGUAUUUUCAAUAAUUAUUGCAUAAUUUAACAUUUCACAGUUUUCUUAAGGAUGAAAUGAUCACUCAAUAAGAAACUAAGAUGUUGGAACUGGCUGGGUGUUUUGUAUCGUUCAGUGUUCUGAUGAGAUUUGAAGGUUAGCAUGGUGAAGGGUAAUAAUAAGGUAAGUUGCGGUAGCACCAUCUGGCGAAAUUUGUGAGUAUGUGUGGUUCUGAAAAGAACCGAGUGUUCUCUUUUCAUCAGUACUGACCGACUGAUAACUGCUGCCACAAUGGACCCGAAGCGCUCAGUUUAUCCUGUCAUCAAAUGUUUAAUGUUUUAAUAUUAUUAUGCAAUUAACAAAAACGGUUGAAAUGAAUCAAACACAGUACUCAGAUAUAUGUUAUCUCGGCGGCAGUCAUGGCCCCUUGGGGCAGCAUUGUCUCCGAAAUAUUUCUUCUGGUAUAAAACAAAAGGCACUAUGAUAAAGACCAAAGUAGUUCCGUCUUUGAUAUUUGCGGGUUUCGUUAUAUAAUUGUUCUGACUGGCUACAAUUAUACUCAGCAUACCUAUUUCGUCCCGGUCAUUGCUCAUGAUUAGUAGGAUAGACAAGAACCCGCGGUAAUAAAAACAUAUUGCAUUCUUCCCGCAUCAAUCAAUCGAUCAAACCAAGGAGAAUCAACUGAAAGCUGGC